GAACUAUGUGACUUUGAUGUCUGAAGACUUGCCCAGAAUACUCAGAAUGAACUGUGUUUUCUUCCUUGCAGUCCAGUGAUGCAUAUCAUCAUUGCUGCCUUGUUUGUGGUGAUUGUUAUAGUUCUUUUAAUACCUACGAUUGCGAGAGGAGAUGCCAAGGUGUCUUGUGUUUUCAAGGAGAGCUGCAUCUUACCAUGUAGUUUCCAGGGUGACAUUGAAGAAGAUCCAUACAUCCACUGGAUGCACUUGUCAGAGGGACACCCUCUUGUCUACUUGCACUAUGACAACAAAGAGCAGCUCACAACCCAGGACCAGCAAUUCAGAAAUAGGACGUCACUGUUCAAGGACCAGCUCUCCAGAGGAAAUGCGUCGCUCCAGCUGGCAGGGGUGCAGGUUCAGGACGAGGGCAGAUACAGCUGCUACAUCAGCACCGAUAAUAGAGAGAAGGAGUCAUUUAUCGACCUCGAAAUGCACACCCCAGUCAAAGUCAGCAUUCAGCAUGUAGGAAACAGGAUCACCUGCAGCUCAGAGGGCAUCUACCCUGAACCUGAGCUCACCUGGUCAACCAGACCUCCAUCCAAGGUGAGCUUCAAGAAUACAACAACAGUCGAGCAGACCAAGCAGCAGCUCUACAACAUCAACGGUUCUUUGAUAGCUUCACUCGAUGAAAGUGAUCGAGUCUACAGCUGCACUGUGAGCACUCAGAGAAACAGGAGGAGAGCCAGUCUGAGGCAGCUACAACAGAUUAAUGGCAGCGACCUUGAGGCAACAAUCUCCUGUUCCUCUUCAAACACUUCUCUAAUGAGCCUCAUUUGGAGAUUCAACCACAGUCAGAUCAUUGUGAGCAGGUCUGGACCCAGUGACAACUAUACAGUCUCAGAGAGGUGGAAGCAGCAUGUGAAGGGUGUCUCAGAGUCAGGGAACCUCAUUUUAAAGUAUUUGUCUUCAGAUCAAGAUGGAAUAUACUCAUGUGAAAUCAGUGAUGCUGACGAAACAGUCAUAACUGAAACGUGUAUGAGGAUAAGUGAAGGUAAUUCAGCGAAGGUUGGCGUCACCAUCGGGGUGGUUUCAGUCCUAGCCCUUUUUCUGAUACUGUGCUGUAAAAAGAAAAGAGCCACCAACAUGAGUCUGCUUCAGUUGAAUGUCUCUGAAGGAAAAAAAGAAGAAGACGACAAUCACAUGUGAAGUGCAAAGUUGACUUAUCACACUAAAAAAUGUGGGUGAAAUUGAUGUGACAAAGUUAACUGCAAGUUAAUUGUAAUUAGUAAUAGUCUUUUAAUCUUUUGUUAAAUAAACAUCAGUGUUGAUAAUUUUAUACAUUUUAAAAAUUGUUUAUAAUUUUAUAAAUUAAGAUAUGUUUUUUUGUUCCUUGUCUAGUUACUGUUGUCUCCAUGUUCCUUCUGUCUCCCCAGUUAGUCGUGUCUCUAUAUCUGGGUGUCAGGUCCACGUCUUUGUAAAUGUCUCUUGUUUCCUGUUUUAUUUUGAUAGUCCUUGUCCUCUGUACAGUGUAUCUAGUUUUGCUUCCCCUUGUCUCAUUAGUCUGAUUAGUCCCAGCUGUGUUUCCCUCCUGUUUCCCAUUCCCUUGUGUAUUUAAAUCCUGUGUUUUCCUUUCCCCUUGGUCAUGUUGUGCCACCUCAGGUGCUGUAAGUCACUGUGUGGGUCUAGUUUCACAGUGUUUUCUUCUUAGUUUCUUAUUCAAGUUUUUAGUUUGUUUUGUGCGAGUUUAUUUUUAUGGAGUAUUGUUUCCCAGUGAAUAAAGCUGCUAUUCUAAGUUUA